AUGGCUUCCUACGGCACUUCCGGCACUCAUGACGUCAAGGAGACCGUGCGGCGCGCGGAGGUGGUGAAGACCACCAAACUCGAGCCCACCGUGCCGGCCCCGCCCCGCCCAAGCGGCGAUGGCAGCGUCCCCAACAACAGGGAGGAGUGGAAGGAUCUGCUCGCCCGCGCCGCGCCCUGGCUGAUCGCCGCCGCCGUCGUGGCCCUGGGUGCCGGCGCCCUGAACAAGGCCGAGGAGGAGGAGGGCUCCGUCGGCCUCUGGGGCAGGAAGAAGGGACGCCAGGCUGGCGACGCCGCGCGCGAUGCCAAGAAUUCCGCCAAGCGCGGUUGGUUCGGGCUGAAGCGCGAGGCCGGCGGCGCAGGCGAGGACGCCAAGGGCAAGUGGCAGGACACCAAGGCCACCGCCAAGGACAAGUGGCAGGACACCAAGGCCGCGGCCAAGGACAAGGCGGGGCAGGCCAAGGACGGCGCCUCCAAUGCCGGCUCCUACGUGGCGGACAAGGCCGCUGACCUGGCCGAGGCCUCCAAGCAGGCGGCACUCCGGGCCGAGCACACUGUGGCCAAGGCCGGGAGCAAGCUGGGCGCCGCCGCCAGCGGGGCCGAGGAGACUACCGGGCGCGCGCUCAAGGAUGCGGGGAGCAAGCUGGAGAGGGACGGCAGUGAGGGACGGCGCCAGUACAAGGGCGACGCCAUCAAGCACGACCUCCAGAGCAAGCCCUGGUGGCAGUUCUGGUGA